AAAAAAAAAAAAAAAAAAAAAAAAAAAAAAAAAAAAGACGACACCUUUCCUUUUUCUCGAUCCAAACCCGUCAAAUUGUCUUUUCCACGAAUUUGCCUUAUCCAUCCAAUACAAUUUCUCCCUCAAAACGAGAUGCAAUGCAAGUAAUGCAACCACCUCCAAUUCUUGCACAACUUUAGAACACUCAUUUUUCCAAAGCUUUCCAACAAUGGCGGCAACACUCUUUCUCCUUCCUAUUGCUGAUUCUCAUCACCACCCCACUUUCCAAUCAAAAUUCUCUCCCAAAUCAAAGCUCCAACCUCUCUUUCUCUCUCCUUCUAAAAGAUCAAAUCAAUCCAAUUUCAACUCCCAAUUCACUCGCUUCUCCACUUCUUCCUCCUCCUCUGAUCAUCCUUCAUCUUCACCCCAAUCUUCCAUUGCCUACAACACGCAAAACCCACUAAAGUUUAGCCAUUUUUUAACGGAUAAUGAGCUCCAAAAACUUCAAUUUCUUGAAAAUUACUCUUAUUCUUGCAAAUUGCCAUCUGGGUAUUUGAGUAUUAGGGUUAUGAAGGAUAUGGAGCUUAAUGUGACUGUUGAAUUGCUUGCUGAAUCAUUUGCUGAGUCCAUGUUUUUGCCUAAUAUGUACUUAACUGUGUUGGGUUUUUUGAUUAAGCAGUAUUUGAUUGAGAGGAGGGGUUUGAUGCCUCAUUGUGUUACCCUACUCGGAUUCUUUCGAGGCGAAGAAGGGAAUGUUGAUGUUGAUGGUGAUGGUGAAGGUAGAGAAGAAGAAUUAGCUGGGACAGUGGAAGUGUCCUUUGAUAGAAGGGGUGCUAAUUCUUCACCUCCUACGCCAACCCCACCUAAGGAUUGCCCUUACAUAUGUAAUAUGACUGUGAAAGACCGCCUUCGAAGGAGGGGUAUUGGUUGGCAUCUUCUGAAGGCAAGUGAGGAACUAAUAUCAAACAUGAGCUCCUCAAGAAAUGUCUACUUGCAUUGUAGAAUGAUUGAUUCAGCACCGUUUAACAUGUAUAAGAAGGCUGGAUACGCCAUUGCUAAGACAGACAGUUUCUUAGUCCUACUCACCCUACAAAGACGGAAACAUUUGAUGUGUAAGGAGCUUCCUGCUUUGAGCAAGCCCUUGGAGACGGUAGUUGCUGGGGAUGGAGAAGAAGACCCCUCUUUAAAUGAUGGGGCAGAAUCAGAACCUUUAUUGUUUAAUGAGGUUUUGCAGAGCUCUCUUGAUAUGGAUGGAUGAAUUUCAGCUUUUGGUUGCCAUUCUGCAUGUAUUCAUAUACAAGGAACCGGUGCUUUCCAUCGGCACAAUACCCGAUUAAGGUAACCAGAUUCGGAUGGUCCAGUCUGCUCAAGAUGUCAACUUCCACCCGGAAUUCACGCUCACCUU